AUGAACAGGCACUACGCCUAUCCCAAUGGCUACAGUGCCUACCCUCGAGGCGGAGGUGGGACUUUCUCUAUAUCGCCUCACAAAUUCCAGCCUCGCUCACAACCGGCCCUUCGACGGAGACGACAACUCUUGGUGAAACUACUCGUUGUCGGGGGCAUCUCGCUCUUUAUCCUGUUCCUCAUCAUUCCCUCAUGGCGACCGUUCCUUAUCCCGACAAUUUCCCUCGGGCUUUUCACCUCGUCCAGUGACGACCUUUCGCUCGAGACCGUUCGCUACUAUGACCUGUCCGAAACCCAGGGCACCGAAAUGGGCUGGCACCGCGAGGAGCGCGUGCUCCUGUGCACCCCCCUGCGCGACGCCCAGUCCCAUCUACCCAUGUUCUUUUCGCAUCUGCGCAAUCUCACCUAUCCGCAUCAUUUGAUCGACCUGGCCUUUUUGGUUUCGGAUUCCAAGGACGACACGCUCAACCUACUUUCCGAAAUGCUCACCGAGCUGCAGGGCGACUCGGAUCCGAAAAUGCCAUACGGCGAAAUCUCCGUCAUCGAGAAGGAUUUUGGGCAGAAAGUCAAGCAGGACGUGGAGAGUCGCCACGGCUUUGCGGCACAGGCCGGCCGCCGGAAACUCAUGGCCCAGGCGCGGAAUUGGCUUCUCAGCGCGACGCUGCGACCAACGCAUAGCUGGGUUUAUUGGCGAGAUGCCGAUGUUCAGACGGCGCCUUUUACGAUUUUGGAGGAUUUGAUGCGGCACGACAAGGACGUGAUUGUUCCAAAUGUUUGGCGGCCGCUUCCCGAUUGGCUUGGGGGCGAACAACCCUAUGACCUGAACUCGUGGCAAGAAUCAGACACUGCACUGGCCCUUGCAGACACCCUGGACGAAGACGCAGUCAUUGUGGAAGGCUAUGCGGAAUACGCAACCUGGCGGCCACAUUUAGCAUACUUGCGUGACCCAUACGGGGACGCAGAUACGGAAAUGGAAAUCGACGGCGUUGGAGGAGUCAGUAUCCUGUCCAAGGCCAAGGUGUUUCGCUCCGGAGUCCAUUUCCCCGCGUUCAGCUUUGAAAAGCACGCAGAAACCGAAGGAUUCGGAAAGAUGGCGAGACGCAUGGAUUACUCGGUUGUCGGUCUUCCGCACUACACCAUCUGGCAUUUGUACGAGCCGAGCGUUGACGAUAUCCGUCACAUGGAAGAGAUGGAGCUGGAAAAGAAACAGCGCGAACAGGAAGAAAAGGAAGAAGAAGCGCGCCAGCAACUCAUCAAAGAUACCUUUAACAACCCGGAAGAGCAAUGGGCAAAGGACGGCGCCGUUGUGAAGAAGAUGGAUGAGACGGAAGAGGCAAGGGAAAGGGAAAUUCAGCGCGCCAAGGACAAGGAAAACGGAAUUGAGCGUGACCUAGAAGAGGAGAGCCGGAUCGAAAAGGAGAAGGAAAGGAAACUGGCAGUCGAAAGGGAGAAGAAGAGGGCAGAGGAAAAGGAGAAGUUGAAGGAAGAAGAAAAGGAGAGAGAAAAGAAAGAAAAGGAGAGAGAAAAGAAAGAAAAGGAGAGGGAAAAGAAAGAAAAGGAAAAGAGAAAAAAGAUGAGCGAGAACAACAACAAGAAACCUGAAAAGAAAAACACCAACGAGAGAGCCGUGCAACGACCACAACGACAAAAGGGCGCCGACGAAGGCCCUGCUGCGAAGGCGGAGAAAGAGGAGAUCAAGAAAGAAGAGAUCAAGAAAGAAGAGAUCAAGAAAGAAGAGGUCAAGAAAAAGACGACGCCUCAAGCCGAGUUUGAAAUGGACUAG